AUGAGAGCAGUAUUUCACAAGUAUGAGGCUCUCAUACGCUCCCUGAACCUCCAGCGGGCAACCGAAAAGGCCCGACGUAAAGAAGUGGAAAGAGCAGCCCAGGCACUCAGCCAGACUCUACAAAACCUGGAGUCCCAGGGCAGCAAUGCACCAGUCUCAUACGCUGAAACCACAAAAGGAAACAAUGACAGCCAAAAGACUAAAACCUUCAAAAUUGCUUCAGCUACAAUCAAGCCUAAACAAGGGAAAAGCUUGAAAAACCUAUCCAGCACACUCAAAAAAGAACUCACUGAGGCAAAAGUCCUGUUAACUGACGCUACGAUCAGACCAACAAAGGCAGGAUUACUCAUUGUGGAAAGUCGCAAGGAAGACAUAAAUAAAAUAGAAAGGAUCUUCAAUGAGAGCGACAACUUGACGGAAUGCGGCAAUUUUAAAGUCAACACACCUCCACGACCAGAAGUUAAAUUCAAAUUCAUCGAAGAAGGUAUGGAGAAAAAGGAUAUAAAGAACGAACUAAUCUACGGUAAUGAUCUCCAGGAACACUUGGACCAGAUCGACGUUAAAUAUGUUAGAUCUGAAAGAGAUGGUACGCAAACAGCAUUCAUCUCACUACCGAAAGAAGCCUACAACACACUAACAAAGGAAGGAACCAUAAAAAUUGGAUGGUCCAGAUGCAUCGUGGAGGAGCACUACAACGUAAAACGGUGCACCAAAUGUUUAACCUACGGACACGUGGCAAAAUUCUGCAAAGGUACGCAAAUAUUCUGCCCCUUUUGUAGUAAUAACCACAAGGAAGAAGAUUGCAAAGCAGAAGAACCCAGGUGUAGGGCUUGUCUACAAAGCAAUAUGAACAGCCGCACCCCAGUAGACUUGGAGCAUAAAUAUUACGACAGAAAUUGCCCAACUUACAUCGCCCAAGUACAACGCAUUCAAGAACAAUGGUAA